UCAACAUCAGAAGAAUCACCAUUAGAAAAAGUAUUGUAAAAGUUAGUGCAAUGAGUCCGAAGUUCACUUUCGUCUAAUACUUUUAAUUUCAAAGAAUCAAAUAAAAACCCAAAAACACUUUUAAAAUUCAUCAUUUGAUCAAACCUGUUCUUCACUGAAGUAAAUGCCAUGUCCACAACAACUAAAAAGUAAUCAACUCUAAAAGCAUCUUCACCUGAUUGUACUUGUUCACCUGAAUCAGUUUCAUCAAACCGUUUUUUUUUCUAAAGACACGACGCUUAUUUGGAAAAACAGGAUCAACAUCCAUCUCAUGAGCAAUAUUUUUAGCUACAUUCAAACUAGAAUUGAACCCUUCAUCUCUAUACUUCUCAAAAAACAUAAUUACACCUUGGAGUUGUUUUAAAGCAUUGUCAAUGCACAUAGAUUUAGACUGUAAGCUCUUACUAACCGAGUUAAUAGCAAACAUAAUUUCAUACCAAAUGACCAUGCCAACUAAAAAUACAAAAUUAUCAAAUGCCAUAAUUAAACUUUCGGCAUCAAUUUUUUCAUAGCAUCAUCACAUGAUUCAUACAAUUCUCUUAAAGCUGACUUUACUAGCAAAGUUUGAAAUUGGAUAGCUUUCACACUGUUAAUUCGGCUUUCCCAGCGAGUAUUGGAUAAUGAUUUCAUUGUAAAAAAAGGAACAUGGUCAAGCAAAAUAUUCCAUCUCUUUGUAGAACCAGAAAACAGGGUAUAUAUGCGUUGCACAACUCCAAAGAAAGAAAUAGCUUUCAAACAUGAAUGAGCCAUAUCACUAACCACAAGAUAAAGACUAUGACAAGCACAUGGCAUAUACAAAGCUUUUGAAUUUAUGUCAAGCUAUCGUCUUUGAACAAUGUUUUGCUUUCAUAUUAGAACCACUGUCGUAACUUUGACCCCUCAAAUUAUCAACAUCAAGAGUAAGAGACAUUAGAACAUCUAAUAAUUUUUCAAAGAGCCGUAGACCAGAUGUGUCAUCUACCUUUAGAAACUUUUAAAAAAAUACUCUUCUACUUUAACUUCUUUUUUGACAUCAAAAGGUUGUUCUAUUACUCAAACUAGAGGUGGUCUGGGUAUCCAGACCGGAAUAGAACAACCAACAAAAACUAGAUUUCUAUGAAAAGCUCGAGCGGUCUUUGCUAGUGCGUUGCUGUCUUGUUCUUUGCCCUUGGUACAUGAAAGAUCUUGAAGUUCGGAAAGUGUCUUUGAAUAGCUGCUACCUCUGAUAACUCCGUGGAGAAACUUGGCCAUGCUCUUGGGUCCUUGAUAAUCGAGAUUAUGUCCUUGCAGUCUGUUCUGAAGUUCUUGCAUGAUGUAUGUUGACUCAUAUUCUCCAUUGCCCAUAUUAGUGCCUCAAGUUCAGAGUGUACUGAAGAUAACCUUCUCUGUAUGCUCCUCAACCCUAAGAGUUGUUCCUGCCAAGUUCCAUCUAGCCAUACCCACCCCAAUCCGCUAUACUGCAAAACUGCAGUCCAAGAACCAUCAGGCAGAUAUUCUCCAAGCUAACGCCUUGUAUAUCCCCAAUAUGUUGUGAUGGGUCUGUAUCAUCACUUUCAUUUCGAUUUACAUUGAACCAGGCAUUGCACUCAUUCUGGGCAUGUCUAAUUAGUUCCUCUGGCUCACGUGAUAUUCCUCUAAAUAAUUUUCAUUCCUUGCUUUCCAAAGAUACCAUAUAAUCCAUGGGUAUGGAUCUCUGUCUAAGUUCGGAUCUUCUAUUUCACUCUUCCUCCAGAACAGAUAAUCUAGGUUCGUAUAGACGCUUGAUAUUGGGAAAAUGCCAGGACACGAAGGUGUGGAUGCUAAUGUGCAUGCUUGCAAAGCAGGAGGGUAUUCAAAUAUAGCAUGGUUAACUGAUUCAUCAUCCUCUCCACAUCUUGGACAAUAAUUAUCGCAACGCAUAUGAUGCCGUGUCAGAUUUCUCAUUACUGCCAUAUAUCCUGAAACCAUUUGCCAAAUCAAAUGUUGGAUCUUUUUGGGGGCCUUGAUCUUCCAGGCAUAAGCUUGCAGCUUAGUUAUACUGGGCUCGGAUACCACUUCCUCGGGAGAUUGAUACAUUAUAUUUCUUGCCACCCAAUAUCCAAACAGAGUUGUGUUUGUUCCUUGUCAAGAAGAAAUAACGUGGCAUAGGAAGUGUUCUCGUAUUGUCUUGUGUUUGUUCCUUGAUACAUUAUAUUUCUUGCAUAGGAAGUGUUCUCGUCUUGUCUUGUGUUUGUUCCUUGAUACAUUAUAUUUCUUGCAUAGGGACAUUGGUCAUUUACAUUUGUGCAGUGCUAAAACCUUUUGUGCUCUUGCCGUGUGAGGCAGAAUUCAUGGCGGGAACUGAAGCAACAAGACAAGCGUUAUGGCUGCAAGAGUUGCUAAGUGAGAUCACCGGAGAUCCUUGUGAAAAGGUCACCAUACGAAUUGAUAAUCGGUCUGCUAUUGCUUUGACUAAGAAUCUUGUUUUUCAUGGAAGAAGUAAACAUAUACAUUCUCGAUAUCACUUCAUACGUGAAUGUGUUGAGAGGAAGUUGAUAGAAGUUGAUCAUGUACCUGGCACUAAACAAAAGACGGAUAUUCUAACUAAGGCGUUGGGAAGAAUCAAGUUUGGAGAAAUGAGAGACUUCAUUGGCAUGCAGGAUUUGGAGAAAAGAGAUUGAGAGAGAAUGUUGAGAUAAGCUUGAAAUAACUUAUUGUGCAAGUUACCUAAUUCUAUUGAGUUAUAGAAAUAAGAAAAUAUCUAUUUGUGAUUCCUAAUGAGUUUAGGAAAGUUUGAGUUAUAUAUAAGAAGAUGCAAAGUAUGUUGCAUAACUUAUGAGUUGUGAGAUUUAGUUUUGAGGUUAUUUUCUAAAGCAAUAAGAUUUGAGUUCUUAUUAAUUGUGUGUGACGAAGUUCUGUGUGUGGCCUAGGGUUCAUUGUGUGAGAGACCUAAGGAUAAUCGUGUGUGGUAUCGGCUUGAUACAAUAGCAGGAAAUCCUGUUUUAGCCAAGGAGGCUACACAAAUUGGUUACUGGUCUCUGACCGAAAACUACUACGAUGUUUGCUGGAGGCUCUGGUACUAAAUAUCCAAAGAGAAUCGAGCAGCUAGUGUUGUUCUUCUGAAGAUGCUUCUAGAGAAAUGGAAUAACCAUUCUGUCAAAUUACUAUCAUUAUCACCACGACCCAACGCAAUGAGUGAAUUCUUUUUUUUUAAUGUAUAUUCACUAUGUCUAUGAUAUUAGCUGACGAAGGUAUUAGUAAAAAACAGAACCUUGAAUCGAUCCUUAAGUUUUCUGCUCCAAAUUGGGUAUGUAAUCAAAUCUGCUACCAUUGCUAUAGGAAAUACUGUUUUAGCCAGAGAAGCUACAAAUAUCGCUAUCUGGUCGCUGGUGCUAUAUCUGUAGAGAGAAUCCAGACGCUAGUCUUGUUAUUCUUGAAACUCUUGUACAUGACUUUAAGGUUCAUUCCCCCAAGCUAUCAUCAUCAAGGGAGGGGUGACAAACUUUAUUGUGGAGAUAUUCACUGUUUCUUUGAGACUAGCUGGAGAAGCUAUCAUUGACAAACAAAGCUUUUAAUCGGUGAUUGAGUUUUCUGCCUCCAAAUAUAGUAUGUACUCUCUGUUGCAGGAAAUCCUAUUGUAGCCAGGGAAGCUGCAGCAAUCGCUAUCUGGGCGCUGACCAAAAAUAUUGUUGGCUGGAGGCGCUAGUACUAUCUUUUUGAGAAGAAUCUAAAAGCUAGUGUUUUUCUUCUUGAAACUCUUUUACAAGAUGACAAGUAUGAUUUCCACAAGCUGUCGUCGAGAGCUACUCUCACUAUUAGUCAAGCUAUGAAGAGCUUCUUGAUAAAGGUAAUGCCUCUUACUUAGUCUUCUAUGCUAACUAUUUUCACCAACCGCUCGGUUGUAAUUUUUUCAUCUUUGUGCGGAACCUGUGGUGUUUUCGUAGAACAGUGAAGGCAUUGCAUCUGUGUGUCUUAAAUCUCUGUGCACCAGUAAAAGCCCAGCACUCGUGCGUCGGACGAAGAAGAUAAACUCGCUAACAAGGUUGACAUCUGGGGGGUGCGGUGGCCGAAGGCCCCCGCGGUACGGUAUGCCUUUUAGGUUUAGGAAAAUUUACUUUUUCUAGAUAAAUAUGUAUUCCUAAAGGAUAAAGAAAAUCGGUUUUGAAGCUGCUAUAAAUAUGGGUCUAAGGGUUUGUAAGAUUUAUUCAUUUACACAAUAAUAAGAAACCCUAAACGGGUAUUUGCCUCAAUACGUUUUGUUCUUUAUUGUCUUCUUGCUUAAUUUGUGGCUGUUCACAACAGAAGACAUCACUGCAGGAGGAGCCAAUGGUAAUCUUUACAAAGAAGCUGACAAGUCCUGCAAGGUGAUAUUAGGGAGGCUCUCCCCUGGAAAUUGCAGCAGCCUCAGAGGUGCAUGCAUUACUGAUGUGGUUCUUCUGGUUCUUGGUUCUGUACUUGUUCUGAUCGGUCUGACCACCGUGUUUGGUUGGAUUUAGGAGUCUGUUUAAAGCAAGCAAGUGCUUACAAUGUUUCAUUUGUCUGGCGAUUAAUUAUUUAUACUUUCCGUUUCUUUUAUGUUUAUUUAAUUAAUGAUGAAAUACAUACUUGUUUGGGUUUAAUAUUUCUUUUGAGAUUGAUAUUCAUUUGUAUAUUUUGUGUUGGAACUCAAGAAAAAGAUCGUCUAAACAAAGUUGUUUAAACAAGGUUGUUUGCACGAACUAUCUUCAGUAAAAAUGGGGUCCUCUAAAAGCGAUCCCUCUGGAGAGAAGAUUUCCAAGACAAUCCGCAGUGAUGAUCUCAAAGAAUGGAUGUCGUGUAUUUGUGAAGACGUAUUUCGAUGGCUGAGCCAAUGAUUCAGUUUGUGUAUGCUCAACAAAAUCUCCCUUAAAAUUUUAGAUAAAAUUUAGUUUCAAAAGAAAAAAAAUAGAUAAAGAUAUAGAAAUGAAAUCACUGAAGCUAUAUAUUAAACAGUGGCUAUUGAACACUUAUUUACACCAACUUAUAAGGAUUGGACUCUCUCAAACCAAGUUAAUAUUAUUUGAAAAUAAUUAAAUAUUUUAAAUUGCUUUACAGUACACCACCCCAUGCAAUUACACGUAACACUUUUUAUUAAUUAGUCAAAGUCUCGUGCCAUGCAACACAACAAGCGCCGAAGUUUAUGUUUCCUUGUCUAAAGUUCGUAAAUCUGUUCAGUCUUUUUUUUUUCACUUUCUAAAUGGAUUUCAGAAACUCUUUCAAAUCUCACAGCUCUUACAAACAGAUUCGUAGCCCAGGAGAUCAAAGCGAGACAAGCACUCCUGAGCACCGUCCGAUUCUCCACGAUCCCGAUAUGGACCACCACAAAACAGAGAGCUCUAGUUCUUUCCAUGAAGACUGUCGGGACGCACCCGUGGAACGUGACCCUAGCUACAACUUUUGGCAAGACAACAAAACUUCCGAACAGGCGGCGGCUGCAGGAACCAGCGGCAGAGAACCAACCGUUAUGACUCGAAAGAGCGUUAGAAUAAGCAGAAGUUUCAACUUCGGAUCAGGAAAGCCCCCACCGUUGGAGGAAUCGCCCACGAAAAUGGCAGGAGGAGAGCAACGACAAUGGGGAGGAGGAGGAGAGAUCACAGUCGAUGUGGAUCAAGAGAACGAGGAGGACGCAAGUCGCCACACGUUACCCACGCCAGCAUCAACAGCUCGGACAUCAUUCGACGCAUCUAGGGAACUGCGAGUCUCUUUCAAAGUCCGUGAAGCUGGCAGUACAACCUUCACCGGUUCGGUUGCUUCUUCGUCUUCUACUACUCCAUCGUCUUCUUCGUCCGCGACACUGCGGACGAAUCAAGACACACAACAACAGCAGGAAGACGAGGUCGUGAGAUGCACUUCAAACACGUCGUUUCAGAGGAAGUCAGAGCUUAUUUCAAGGGUUAAGACAAGAUCAAGGCUUCAAGAUCCGCCACGAGAGGAAGACACGCCUUACUCUGGUUGGAGAUCUGGUCAGUUGAAAUCCGGUUUACUCGGGGAUAUUGAUGAAGAGGAUGACCCAUUAGCCGACGAAGAUGUACCUGAUGAGUAUAAAAGAGGGAAGCUCGACGCGAUAACAUUGCUCGAGUGGCUUAGCUUAGUGGCUAUAAUAGCUGCACUGGCGUGUAGCUUAUCGAUACCUUCUUGGAAGAAAGUGAGACUUUGGAACUUACAUUUGUGGAAAUGGGAAGUGUUCUUGCUUGUUCUUAUAUGUGGGAGGUUAGUCUCAGGAUGGGGGAUCAGAAUCAUCGUCUUCUUCAUCGAAAGAAACUUCCUUUUGCGGAAACGUGUUCUUUACUUUGUGUACGGUGUAAGAAGAGCUGUUCAGAACUGUCUCUGGCUAGGUUUGGUUCUCCUCGCGUGGCAUUUCUUGUUCGACAAGAAAGUACAAAGAGAGACAAAGAGCAAGUUUCUUCCUUACGUAACCAAGAUCUUGGUGUGUUUCUUGUUAAGCACCAUCUUGUGGUUGAUCAAAACGCUUGUGGUUAAAGUCAUGGCUUCUUCUUUCCACGUUAGUACCUACUUUGAUCGGAUUCAAGAAGCUAUGUUUAACCAGUACGUGAUCGAGACGCUAUCUGGUCCUCCCAUGAUUGAGAUGAGCAGGAUUGAGGAAGAGGAAGAGAAGGCUCAAGAAGAGAUUUUCAAGAUGCAGAACGCAGGUGCUAAUUUACCGCCGGAUCUCUGCGCGGCUGCGUUAGCACCGGGGAAGAGCGGGAGAGUGAUGAACCCGAAACUCUCACCGAUCAUUCCGAAAACAACGGCUGACAGUGGGAUCAGCAUGGAGCACCUUCACAGGAUGAAUCACAAGAACAUCUCAGCUUGGAACAUGAAGAGGCUAAUGAAGAUUGUGAGACAUGUUUCUCUUACCACGUUAGAUGAGCAGAUGCUUGAAUCCACAUACGAAGAUGAAUCCACCAGACAGAUACGAAGCGAAAAAGAAGCUAAAGCAGCGGCAAGAAAGAUUUUCAAGAACGUGGCUCAACGUGGCGCAAAGCACAUUUACAUGGAUGACUUGAUAAGAUUUUUGCGAGAAGACGAGGCGAUGAAGACAAUGAGCCUAUUCGAAGGUGCACCAGAGACCAGAAGGAUUAGCAAAUCAGCUUUGAAGAACUGGCUGGUCAAUGCUUUCAGAGAGCGAAGAGCUCUUGCCCUGACACUCAACGACACCAAGACAGCUGUGAACAAGCUCCAUCACAUGAUCAAUAUUGUCACUGCCAUUGUCAUAGUUGUUAUAUGGCUUGUCCUUCUCGAAAUUGCAUCCUCAAAGGUACUUCUCUUUGUAAGCUCACAAGUUGUACUCUUGGCCUUCAUCUUUGGGAACACUGUCAAGACCGUCUUCGAAUCAAUCAUCUUCUUGUUCAUCGUGCAUCCUUACGAUGUUGGUGAUCGCUGUGAGAUUGACGAUGUACAGUUGGUGGUGGAGGAGAUGAACAUACUUACCACAGUGUUCUUGAGAUAUGACAAUCUGAAGAUUAUGUACCCGAAUAGUCUUCUAUGGCAGAAAUCGAUUAGCAAUUAUUACCGAAGUCCAGACAUGGGAGACGCAAUCGAGUUCUGUGUCCACAUUACUACUCCUGUUGAAAAGAUUGCAACGAUCAGGCAAAGAAUAUCAAACUACAUUGACAACAAGCCGGAGUAUUGGCACCCAUCAGCCAAGAUCAUCGUAAAGAACGUGGAAGGUUUGAACAUGAUAAGGUUAGUAAUUUGGCCAGAUCACAGAUUUAAUCACCAAGACAUGCUUGAAAGAUGGUCAAGAAGAUCCGUGUUGGUCGAAGAAGUGAUUAAGAUCCUCCUCGAACUUGACAUUCAGCACCGGUUUUAUCCACACGAUAUCAAUGUCAAAACAAUGCCUACCGUUGUCUCCAGCAGAGUUCCACAAGGCUGGUCAGAAAACCCUGCUUGAAUUUGAUGAGCAAACAAGGUGUCAUUGUUGUUGUUUUUUUUUCCUCAGACAAAUGCAAAAGCGGUCUAACAAUUUUUGUAACCAACAAACAUCAAUUAGCUUCUAUACCACAAUUUUGACCUUCUUAAGAUUUUGUUUCAACAUUUGGUUCCCAAAAGUUGUACACCGAUUAAUUAAUCUAUGACUUUACUACCCCUACAUGUGCUUUUAGUAUUAGGAAACAAACUAGGCUAACAUCAUCUAAUCCGUUGAAUCACAACAAGUUUGAACUUCUGAAGAUUCAUAUUACACCACUUGGUCGCUGGUACUACAUAGAGUUGUAAAUUAAACAAACAAGCAUCUUGGUGCUACUCUUGCAUGUGCUUUUAGGAUUAAGGAACAACUACAACCUCUUGACUAAUCACUGAUUAACUGUAUUUUAUCUGUUUUGAGUAUUUAUCAAAUCAAAUUAUGUGUGUUUAUAUUAUUUUAGUCAUUUAUCAAUUUUUAGUUUUUUUUAUUUGGAAUCGAACAAGUUCAUUUGGAUAGAAAAGAGCAUAUGAAGAUGCAGAAUUGUGCAUAUUCGCCAGAUGUCUAACAAUGUAUAUAAGACUUUCCACCAAUGGAUAGUUUGAUCAUAAGAUAGAGAAUUGAAUUACUUUAUAAUGCAAAUGGUUUGAGAUCGAUCGAACAGUGCCAUCAAAUGUUAUGCAUGUAUUACUGAAGAUUGAUAUGUAUACUAGUUCAAUAUAAGAAAAAGAAAAUUUGGCUUUCUUUAUUUUCUUUUGAUUUUUUCCUGAAUUCGAUUAUGACAUGAUUUUGACAUGUAUCUGAUAUUUUGAGCCAUUAUUUAGGCAAAUGCAAUUUUAAUCAUUUUUUUUACCGUCAUGUAUGCGUAGAUCACUAUUAUGUUAAAGGUUUCAAGGGAGUUCAUGGAUUGAUGAUUGUGAUUUGUUAUAAUAUAUUGUAAUCUAAGUUGAUUUAAAUACUUGAACUUGAUGGAUCACCAAGUUCAUGAUUACUACAUUUUUAGUGCAACGAAAGUUAUUGUUUAAAUGUUUGAACAAACUUAGAUGAACGAAAUAUUUUUGGUCAAUGGAAGUCUAUAUUUUAUGAACCAAUAAAUCAAAUUUACUACAUGUUUAGAUUUUUGAAUUCAACAGAAUUUAGUCUUUAUAUACCUAUAUUUAAGUUUUGAGAGAAUAAUACUAAGGCCAUCUACAUUGCUAGUAUCUCAUCAAGUCUUUCACCAAUUAAAAAAAUACAAAGGUGUUACUCUCUCUAUAUAGAUCAAACACGUUCAGAUAGAAAUUUCUGGAGGAACGUCUUGCCUGACCACAACUUGGUCUAAAGAAAUGGGCAGACGACAAAAAAAAAAAUGAGAGAGAAAUCAAGAGACGUUACUACACUAAGCAACUUUCACAAAUUCAUGAGAGAGUUGAAUAGUGUCAUAUUCUGAUUGAUUCAACUUUUUUAUAUUUGAGAAAAUUACACACAUAUACACUUUUUGUCUUUGCAAUAACACUGAGAAGCACUUUUCGCUUGCCACACACAUUGUGGGUGCUGAAUGUCUAAUAUACUCUCCUAACACAGUUCUUCUCUCGUUACUUCUUACUCCAACCUAAAUAAAUUAUUUUUUUUUCUUUUAUUCUUUAGUGGUUAAACGCAAACUGAGGAGUCCACAACCCUGUAUCUUUAGGUAACUAGUUUUUUCAUGAAAAAAAAAUCAUAAAACCCUUCUUUCCCAAAUUCUCACAUGUAUUUUAUAUAUUUAAAUAAAUUCUCACAUUAUUAAAAGAUCCAUUUUAAUAUAUAUUUAUAUGUGUUUUAACAUUAUAUAUUCUCACAUAAUAUAUAUUUUCAUAUAUAUUAAUAUUCAUGUUUGGUAUUGCACUGUAGUUGAAGACAAAACAAUAGUAAGCCACAAACUUUUUUGAACAAAAAAAAAUAUGAAGAAACAAAGAAUGUGUGUAAGAAAUAUAUGUAUCCACAACUCUUUUGUCUACGAAUUUGAUAUCCACAAUUCGUUCGAACACAAUUUUUCCAUCCACAUCCACAAUAUUAAUAUAAAUCACUAUAUCCAUACAUGAAUCCACUUUUGGCUUGUUUUAGGCUAUUCGUGAUGAAUUUAUCAAGCACCGAGCAUUUCACAUUCGGAAUCUAUAUCUUUUCAUCUAUGCCCACAU